ACUCUCUUUUUUACACCUUCAUUAAACAUGUUGGAGCUCCCAUCUCAAUUUGUAAUUUCGUCGCGACUAAGUAGGUUAGAAGCCAAAGAAGUGCUAGAGAUUAUCCGAUUUACAGAAAAGAUAUGGAAUGAAAGAGCAGUUGAGCAACGCAUGAAGAGAUACCCGUCAAUCCCGAUGAUGGGUGUGGGUAUAUCCAACCCACAGGAACUGCAGCGAGUGAUAUGCGGUGAUAUUCCAGUGAUACACAUUCAAGACGAUUGCGAAGCACUCCAGGCAGUGCAGAAACGAGAGAUCCGAAAUAGACAGUUUUACCAUCGAUGGCUCCUCUUGAGUUCAGCUAGUCUAUGGGGUUUUUGGAUUGGACAGAUGAUGAAGAGUGUGCGGUUAUUAAAGCGGGGACAUGAUGUGAUUCAAGUACCCUUAUUUGAAAAGGGAAAUCUACCUAUACCCAAUUAUAUGCUGGGUCUCUGCUCCCUUUCAGUGACAUGUUUACUUUCAUGGUUCUCCCAAAGAAUCUAUCAAAAGAUACGUCAUGAAUAUGCUUAUUUCUUAAACAACAAACACAUGAUAUUGAUUCGAAAUGAUGUACUCUACACGAAAAGACGUUUUUUCCUUUCAACUGUCCCAUAUUAUUUCAUUGGUUUAAUCAGUACAUCCUUUUACAAAGGCUUGGUUGCACACAAAUAAACAUUUAUUUCUCCGCCUUUUUCGUGUGUCCCGGUCACCUGUGGUUCACGAAAAAAAAAAAUAUAAAGAUUUAAAUUAGACUUUUUUUCUUUUUUUUCUCUUUAUAACAUAACA